CGUCAGAUACGGAAGUAAACAAAAUAACGAAGAGGCCGCUGAUCGUCGCUGCGUCAAAAUGUCGAAAUCAAACCUGAGACAAACGUUUCUGAAACCGAUGAACACAUUGAAACGGUCCUGAUGGUUUCUCCUCCGCAGCUGAUUCCCUUCGCUGGGACCAUCCUGGGGGGUCUGGUCCCGGGGGAGAUGGUCCUCAUUCAGGGCUCCGUGCCGUCAGGCGCCGACAGGUUCCAGGUGGAUUUCACGUGUGGCAGCAGCGUCAAUCCGAGAGCCGACGUAGCAUUUCACUUCAACCCCAGGUUCCACAGGUCUCCGUGUAUCGUGUGUAACUCGCUGCAGGGGGGGCGCUGGGGCCGAGAGCAGAUCCUGUACCAGAUGCCCUUCACCACCGGGGGCGCCUUCGAGCUCAUCGUGCUCGUCCUGAAAGACAAGUUCAAGGUGGCUGUGAAUGGCGUGCACGUGUUGGAGUACAAACACCGACAGGAUCUGGAGCGAGUCGACACUCUCUGUGUUUCUGGAAAGGUCAGAGUGGAGGUCAUGGGCGUCGCCCCGCCGAGCAGCGUGAGUCCGAGCUCUGCGACGCUGAGUCAUGUGAUUCGACAGCCGAUUUCCUCCUCAACAGGCAGCUUGAGCGUUCCCUUCAGGGGCGAUCUGGGGGACGGACUGAGUGUCGGACGAAGCAUCACGAUCAAAGCAGAAACUAAUCACAACGCACACAGUUUCUGUGUGAAUCUGCGAACGUCGCGCGGCAGCGACAUCGCUCUUCACCUGAACUCUCGUCUGAAGCGUCACAUGUUGGUCAGGAACUCCUUCCUGUCGGAGUCGUGGGGCCCCGAGGAGACGGCGCUGGACUCCUUCCCCUUCGCUGCAGGACAAUACUUUGAGAUGAUCAUCAGGUGUGAACCUCAGCAGUUCAAAGUCGCUGUGAACGGUGAACACCAGCUGGACUACAAACACAGAGUCCAGGACCUGAGGAGCAUCAACCAGGUGGAGGUGCAGGGAGACGCCACGCUGCUCGACGUCAACAUCUUCUGAAGCUCCUCCUCCUUGUCCUCGUCCUCCUCGUCCUCCUCCUCGAUGAUUCUGGACCAUGUUUUCAUCCACAAACAGCCGUCACCUUACAAACUCUUCUUUCUUUAUCUAAUAAACUGAUCACAUGA